AUGCUUGAAGCGACAGACGCGGAGAAUCAGCCACCGUACAAGGCGAUCAAUCUUCACAUUGCUUGUAAUGGUGUCAACUCUGGCGGUGAAUGGCGUCAGUUGGUGGGACAUUCGGUGGGAUGUAUCGGUGGACAUAAUGUUCACAUUUCUGUCAAUCGCAACAUUGGCAAACUCGUUGCCAGUGCGCUCGCCGCGGUGCCUCCAAACAUCUAUUCAUCCAUUAACCAACCACUAGUUCCUCGAAACUGGACCGAUCCAACCCUGAAGGUAGCCCGACCAUGUCUCUACGUGUUCCCAGAGGGUUCGGGACAGGCAGCCAUUUUUGCUAUUCCUGGCUACAAUAUGCUGAUCAAUGCGGGUUGUGCUCAACAUCCGGGAUUCUGGCCGGUUGCGAAUCAUUUGGAUCGCUUGGAUGCCGUUUUGCUGACACACUGGGGUGUGGACAAUCUGCUCGGUUUGAGCUCAGUUCUCCCCGUUGCGUUUGCCCGCCCUCCUGAUGCUGUUCCAGACUCCAUACUUUGUCUCCUCACGCCACCACCAAAUAUCAGCGGUUCGUAUAAACUACCGGAUCCUAAUCCCGCUCAGUCACCAUUGGCUUUGAGUAUCCCACGGGAAAUGUCCAAGGUUAUGAGCGGAUUGAAACAACAAGGUACCAACGUGUUUGCCCAAACCCUAACCCGAGGUGCAAAAAUGGUGAAUCCAUCGCAACCGGUUCAACUGUAUCAGAAGGUUGGUCAGGGCUCUCUGGAGCUUUUCCCACUCACUCCGACGGACGAGGACUCAGCAGAACUCCGCAAAGUGACCGAUGACUGGGCUAAGGCGUCCCCGAGUCUAAUUGGUGCAACGGUCCCCUUGGGUCGAUCGCCGCCGGCAAAUAAAUUCACUGUGCCUCUGCUCUCGCAUACAAGUGUGUCCGUUCUUGUUGUUUGGAAACCAUCGAAAGAUACGGACGCGAUUCUACGCAUUCUGUUUGUCGCACCCAAUGCGCAUCAGGCGCGCGUGCUAGUCAGUCUGGAAGCUGUCGUCGCCUCAAACAUCUACCUGCGUCACUCGCGUGCCGUGCCGGGCGAUGCCGAACGGAAACGAUCGACUACAACCGUGCCGGGAUCGGCCCGACGAUCAGUGAUGCCGGGGACCGUUGGCGCUCCUGCAAAACAGUCCUCUGUGAGUAGUGCUGGUGGUGCGCCGGCAAAAUCCGCCCCUGGUCGACCGUCAUCGCUGGCGGAUAAGAAGCCCAUGUCAACUCGACCUGUUGCAACGCAACCACGCCCAACAAGUAAACCUACACCAGCUAAUGCAAAGAAGGAAAGCAAUGCGAGCAAACCAUCUGCGAUCCCUGGGGCCGCUACAAAAAAAGCGCAGAGUAAACCACCCGCAACAACUCAACCCGUGCCUGCCGCUCUAAGCCUUGCUGCCGAGACGGCUGCAGCUAUUGCCGCAGAGAACGAUCAUGAUCACACAUCUAAUCUGUUGGGUGAUGCACCAGAGCCAAAUCCAAGCUUGCCAACUUCACCUAACAACGAACUUGUGAAUAACAACGUAAACGGUUAUCAUUCGGAACAAAAUGGUGCCGGUGCGCUUCCCGGUGAAUAUGACGCUGACGACGGUCAUGGUGGCCUGCUGAUUUCUCCAAAUCACCCAGUUGCCAAGACUCCAUUAUCUGCUACGAGUCCGCUCUCCGAGGAUAUGAUGCAAUUAAACAUGAAUGCAGAACCAUUGUCACCUGCCCGAAAUCCUUUCGAAAUGACUCAUUCCCCGUCAGAACCGGUUGCUACUGCCGAUUUGAUUGACCCGAUGGCAGCCUGGGGUGAACCACAGGGAUUACCAGCCCCACCGCCGCCAGGUAAGUGUUUGACACUGGUUCAAUUGCAAUCAACAUUUUAG